AUGGAACUCUCACAACACUUGAUGAAUGGUUAUGACAAAUCAGUGAGGCCUGUGAAGGACUGGAGAAAACCUACUACAGUGUACAUAAAGAUUGCCAUAUAUGCCAUUCUUGGAGUGGAUGAGAAAAAUCAAUUGGUGAAAUCAUACAUUUGGUACAAUCAGUCUUGGGUGGAUGAGUUUCUUCAGUGGGAUCCAAGUGAGUUUGACAAUGUUACUCGUAUUUCCAUUCCCACACAAUCGAUCUGGCUUCCAGACAUUAUGAUUGAAGAAGCUGUGGGCCCUAAAGAGUCUCCAGAUGUCCCUUACGUGUAUGUAAGUCACCAUGGUAGGAUAACCAACAACAAUCCCAUACGUGUUACCACAUUCUGCAACCUAGAUAUUUACUAUUUUCCUUUUGACGUUAUAAAUUGUUCCAUAUCAUUCAGCAGUUGGCUACACACAAGUCAGGAUAUAAAUAUAUCUUUUGCAAAAUUACCACAUGACCAUAAUACGAUUUCAAAUCCAUGUAUGACUAAAGGAGAGUGGGAUAUCCUCAAUGUGUUACGGAAAUACAGAGAAGUAAUUGACGAGGACAGCAAAUUUGGAGAGAUAACAUUCUAUAUUAUCCUGAAAAGAAAACCACUGUUCUAUACUGUGAAUAUUAUUCUUCCCAGUGCCCUUCUCAUGAUCUUGGACACAAUUGGAUUCAACAUACCACCUGAGAGUGGCGAGAGAAUAUCCUUCAAAAUCACCCUGCUACUGGGUUAUUCUGUCUUCCUUGUAAUGGUGUCAGAUACAUUACCAGAAAUUGGGGCUCCGCUGAUAGGCAUCUACUUUUCGCUGUGUAUGUUGAUGCUAAUGCUAAGUCUGACAGAAAGUAUCUUCAUAGUUGGAAUAUUACAUAAGAAGAGUCUCUGCCCACUAGUUCCAGAUUGGUUGAGACACUUGGUCUUGGACCGAGCGGCAUACCUCAUCCCACCGGGUGAAGAU